AUGACGAGCGAAAGUCAAAUCCAUAUCCGACCUGAAACGCAAACCGACGCGUUAUCAAUCGACGAAAUCAUUUCAACUGCGUUCCUCAAUGCUGAGCAUACGGAUCACAAUGAGCAAUUCAUCGUCCGCGGUCUCCGCGAAGCGAACCAGCUAUCAAUCUCUCUAGUCGCAGAAGACGAAGCCACACAUACCAUUGCGGGCCAUGUCGCUGUCUCACCGGUGAAAGUCUCGGAUGGCAGCGAGAAUUGGUACGGGCUAGGGCCAGUCGCCGUAUCACCCGAGUAUCAAGGAAAAGGCAUAGGAUCGAUGUUAAUAGAACGUGUGAUGGAAGGUCUUCAGACGCGCCAUGCGGCUGGGUGUGUCGUAUUGGGAAACCCCAAAUACUAUACGCGUUUUGGUUUCAAGGUGGAGCCUUGUCUGCAGCUACCUGGAGUGCCACCGGAGUAUUUUAUGGCUCUUACUUGGCGUACGCCAACACCUACUGGGACUGUAUCAUAUCAUGAAGCUUUUGAUGUGUCGGUAUAA